AUGGCGGUGAACCAGAGCCACACGGAAAACCGCCGCAAGGCCUACAUCCCUUACGGCGAGAGUAUCUUGAAUCAGUGUAAUGAUGUGGACCUCUCCUUCCCAGAGCAUCCAUCAGGAUCCAAUCUCUUGCAUGGCACAAAGAGGGGAACGUUGCUUCUCACUUCAUACCGGGUGAUCUUCGUGACGUCAUAUUCCAUCAAUGAUCCCAUGCUUUCUUUUAUGAUGCCAUUUGAUCUGAUGAGUAACUGUUCCCUUGAACAGCCCCUCUUUGCCCCCAUCUACAUUCAAGGAACUGUUCAGGCGGCUCCAGAUGGUGGCUGGGAAGGACAGGCUACUUUUAAAUUAUCCUUCAGCAAAGGAGGUGCCAUCAAAUUUUUCCAGUUGAUGAUGAAAGCUGCCUCUGCUGCUGCCCAAGGAGCUCCACUUCAAAGUAUAACUUGCUGGUUUGCUGUUCCAAGACUGUGUAUCGUUAGUGGGCAAACGUCUAAUCCAGUUGUUGUUCAUGGGCCCCCACCACAAGGAUACGGAGUUCCACCAGCGGGAUACGCGCCCCCACCAGCGGGAUACGCACCCCCACCAGCGGGAUACGCACUCCCACCAAUGAGAUACACACCCCCACCAGCGGGAUACGCACCCCCACCUCCGGGGUACGCACCUCCACCAACAAGAUACGCACUCCCACCAGCGGGAUACACACCCCCUCCUCCGGGAUACGAAGCCCCUCCUCCGGGAUACGAAGCCCCUCCUCCAGGAUACGAAGCCCCUCCUCUGGGAUAUGAAGCUCCACCCUCUGGAAAUAGAACUGGGUCUCACAGUUUUGUGGCAGCCCAGCCUGAUGGAUAUGCUGCUUCUCUUCCUUCCACCUCAUCUCCUCAGCACCAUUCACCACCUUCUAAGAACUAA